ACCCAAACAGUAGGUAAAACCCUAUACCCUCUCUUAUCUUCUUCCCGUUCCUUCUUCGGCCAAUCCUUGAAGUGCCUCUCCAUCUCGUCUGAUGGCUUCUUAUUUAGCCUGACAUGCAUCUAUUUUUGGAGAUAGUAGAUGGGAACUCGAAGUUUUCUCUGGAAUUUUGCUAAGAAGUACUUCACAUUUGGGCUCAUUGGGCUUACUAUAUCUGAUCGUUAUGCCAGUAUCGUCCCUGUUCGGGGCCUUUCCAUGGCUCCCACAUUCAAUUCUCAUGGCAGCACUUCAAUGGGAUCAUUGACUGAUAACUAUGUUUUGGUGGAGAAAUGGUGCCUUGAAAAGUACAAGUUCUCACCUGGUGACGUAGUAGUUUUCUGUUCCCCAAGUGAUCACAGGAAGUCGAUUGUGAAGAGAAUAACGGCAUUGCCAGGGGACUGGAUCAAUAUGCCUUAUUCCUCUGAUGCUCUCAAGAUUCCAGAAGGGCAUUGUUGGGUUGAGGGAGACAAUUCUGCUUCUAGUGUGGAUUCAAGAUCCUUCGGCCCAAUUCCUUUGGGUUUAGUUCGUGGGAGGGUUACACACAUUGUCUGGCCGCCUCAAGCAUUUGGUAAAGUCGAGAGAAAAACUCCUCAAGGCAGACUCUCACUUUAACUGAAUUUCUACAGCAGGUUCCGUACGAGACACCGAGUAGAAUACAGGGUUUUACUUCAUUCAUUCCACAGUGGAGAAUUUUCCAAUCCAGUAAUUUUGAUUCGAGCAAUGAUCCGAGUCUAAAUUAUGUUUCAAACCUCAACAACAGCAACUGUUCAUUGUGGAUGAUGCCAUAAUUCAAAUGGGUGGGUGAGGCGAGAGUCCUUCAGUGGACUUGUACUGAUCAUCUAUUUGAUCUCACCUGCCCGGCAUAGCAUGCCAUCAGUCUUCCGUUGUGAACUCCGUUUUAAUUUUUUUAUACUUGGUCUACCAUGGAGCAUUCUAUUCAGAUUCUGAUGAAAUUAAAUCUAGGUUACACCAUUCAUUAUUUUUGACAUUUUCUAUAAUUUUUUCCAUUUCUCAGGACAUAAUCUGUAUCAGUAAAAUUAAUUCCUUUACAAA